GAAUAUAGAAAAAAAACAAAAAAACACUGCAGCUGUUCAGCUCCCAUCUGUCACUGAGACACUUGUGGGGUAAAACCAAACUGUCAUUGGCUGCAGGCAGAUUUCUGAACAGUUUAAAAGGUGCACUGCCAAAAAUACUGUGAUUAAAUGAUUCAUUUUUACAGCACAACACUGCAACAGGGAACCAGUACUGAAUGUGAAUUCUGGUAAGACUCUUACAAUUAUGUUACUUUGCCACUAUGUGUAUUUAAACAGUAUUCUGAACGAAUAUUGGACAGUACUGCAAUUUCUAGCACAUCUUUGAAAACUUCUCCAUAAAAAUGUAGUAGCUUUUUCGAUCUUUCUCUCUAUCGCAGUAUUUUCUUAUCCUAACUUACAAGUUGUUAUCCUGUUUUACCUUGUUUUUAUUAUGUUACAUUUAUCUUAUCUUGUUUUACAUUAUAAAACUAUUAUUAUUAUAUUGCAUCUUUACUCUUGCUUGUGUUUUGCACAUAUUUUGACAUUGAUUGCCUUCUAAUAUGUGCAUCAUUUUAGUCAACUCAGGUAGUUGAAAAACACGGCUUAUAAAAAUAUAAAUAAAUGAAUACAUGAUUAAAUAAACAAACUGAAAAAAAUGUAAAUGUGUUAUAGAGUUGUGCUAAGAAUAAGGUUGAAUUUAGUUAGCACAAAAAGAUUUUGAGCCGCUGAAGUGGUGACAAAUCUAGCACAGACAGUAAUGAUUUAAUGAUAAAUUCAAUUAAAAUGUAGCUUUAUCAGAAUGACACAAAGCCACAGAAAACAAGAGGAACAUGGUAACGGACUAUUAUAGAUGCUGGCAUGUCAGUUAAGGCCAUAGCUGACUCCUAAAAUGUCCAUCAACUUCACCAAGCUCUUCAGGAAGAGUUAAGUGCGCCAAAUAAGAGUAAAACAUAUUCAUAUGCAGCUAUUCCCAUUUAUUUUUACUCGUAGUUUGCAAAUCUCAUGUGCAUAUCAUGAGUUUCUGUUUCUGAAUACACAUCAUUGGUCUGGCUGUAAGGGAGGAUUUGUUGCAGCUGCAUGAGCAACUGUAGCCCAGCAACAGUUGUGACAUAAAUUCCAACGAACUUCAGAUUUGGAGGGAAAUAAUGUAAUGCGAUGAUAACUGUCCCAUGUGUCACAAAUUCCCAGGCAGCCAGUAGAAAAGAAUUAGUGGCAUUUUCUGUCAGUAGCUGGGAGGCAGUCAAUCAUUCUUUCUAAAGUUAGCGACACAGAGAGAGAGAGAGAGAGAGAGAGAGAGAGGAAGUCAUAUCCAGGCUGUGGGGAGAGAGAGGGUGAAUGAAAGUUGAAGAUUGGGGAAGAGGCAGAGAGAGGAGGAUUCUGUGCUUCCGUUUGAGAGGUCUCCAUGGCUCAUUUAAUUAAACACCAGAAUAAUCUCUUAAAGGCUUGAAUCAAGCUACAGAACCCAUUUGAGGUGGACAUACAUAAAGGAAACUGCAGUGGUUUGGAGGUUAUACCAAUGGAUAUCGUUAUAGAAGCAUCGGAUGCUUCUGAUUUCACUCAUAAACUCAUGGAAACUGUACAACAGAGGGAGGUGUACAGUGAUCAUGGAGGCUACUGAAAUAAUGAAAACAAAGCAGGACUGCAUCUACUCCACGGUCAACAGGCUUAAGAAGGAUACUCUUGGUGGAAGAAGAGGUUUUCACAUUGCUUCACUGGAAAACAAGGGAGCUGGGCAAAGACCAGAGGGGACACCAAAACUCCCCUUCACCCCAUUAGACAACCUGAGCUACCAGAGGGAAGAUUCAUGCAUGAUGGCUCACAGGAAGUCAACGUUUGACCAGCAUAGCAAUGAUAAUGCUCUGUUGGUAGGAACCAAGCUGCCCAGAUCCAAUAGAAGCAAUAUCAAGGACAAGAUUUCUUUGUGGGAGGGCAAAGAAUCCACUCAUUCACCUCUUACCUCAGGUACUUUGGGCCAAUGUGCCAGUGUAAAAAGGACAGAAUCCCUAACAAAAACAGACAAUGAAUCUAUUGACAAAUCAAGUACCGAGAGCUCCAGGAGAGUAGCCCAUAAGGACAAGCAUAACCUUGGGAAGGAGAAUGUCGGAGAUCCAAGGCCUUGUUCACCUGUUGAACUUGGGAAACAGCAAAGAGGAACACUCAAUAGUAGUAAGUCAAUCGACAACCAAACAGUGGAAGACUGUAAACGAGUUGUAGUUCAUAAAGAAACGCAAAAUCAUGAGAAAGCGAAUGUCGAAAAACUUGGGGAUUCAAGGCCUUGUUCGCCUACAGCAACAGAGAACAAGCAGGUUGGGACUCUAAGAAAAAGCAGUGACAGGAGAGCAGCAGAACAAACAAGCCAGGAGAAGAGGGCCAUAUUCAGUCUUUUCAAAAAACUGGAGUCUAUGGGCGAGAACCUGGGGAAAACCCCAGAGCUCGGAAACUACUUCAGCCCACCAAGCAAGGACAGACAAGUGGAGGUGAAGAAAAAAGAAUCAGAAGCUUUCGGCCAGAGUAAUGUGGCAAGAGACGUAAAGGAGUGUCAGGAGAAUGUGUACACAGAGCCGGGUAUGCCUCCCAUCAACCCAGUACCCAAACCCAGACGAACCUUCCAGCACCCAGCAACUGCCCCGAUUGGAAAAAGACAGGGGAGAGGGCAGAGGAACCUCCCUCCACUGCCCUCCAUCUCCUCAAAAACAUCCUCAAAACCUCCUUCUGGAAUCUACGGGAGAUCCAAGGGGCAGACUUUUCGAGACAACAUCAACAGGAGGUCGUUUGAGUAUGAAGACCUUGGAGGGUCAAACAGUCCACUGUUCUCUCGCUCACUGUCUCAGGAACAUCCCUACGAAGACAUCUUGGAUUCAUCCAAAGAAAACCCCUAUGAGGACAUAGAGCUGGAGAGUCAGAGCUCCCAGCAGUCUUUGCCUUCUUCACCUGGCACUGAUACCACCAAGUUGUCAAGACCGGGCUUCUUCAGGCAGAAUUCAAGCAGGAGCUUUAAGCUGUUGGACCUGCGGAGAACCAACCAGCCGACCCAUGGUACUGGUAGUGGAGGUGUUUCAUCUCCACCCCAGCUCAGCCCUCCAUCCACCCCCACGGGGCCUGAACACACACCAUGGAUACCUGGAGACCCCUACAGCCGAACCUGCCGCAGGAUACCAACGGUUGUACUGAGGAUCAACAGCAUAUUUGAGGCUCGGAACAGGAAAAAAGCUCUAAGAAGGAUCUAUCAUUAUGCUGAAACAAGCUCAGGAAGAGUAACAGAUGAAAACAGUGACUCUGAGAGUGAAGUUGAAGAAAGAGCUAAAGCUCAUCGUCAGCGCCUCACGACAGUCCAGUCCAUACUGAGCCAGCCAAACCAGGCCCAGGUCCACUUCAACAGUACCAACAGCAGAAACAGCUCUCUGGAACAGCGCAAACUUUUUGAAUACUUCCUGGUUGUGUCACUGCAGAAGUCAAAGGCUGGCGGCCACUAUCUGCCGGAGGUCACACAGCAGUUCCCACCUAAGCUGGAGCGAAGCUUCAAGUUCAUGAGGGAGACGGAGGAUCAGCUGAGGAUCAUUCCUCAGUUCUGUUUUCCUGAUGCAAAAGACUGGGAGCCUGUAGAAACCUAUCCAAGUGAGAUGUUCUCCUUUGUGCUGACCGGAGAGGACGGGAGCAGGAGAUUCGGAUACUGCCGCCGUUUACUGCCCAGCGGAAAAGGCAAACGUCUUCCAGAGGUGUACUGUAUAGUCAGUCACCUGGGCUGCUUCAACCUGUUCUCCAAGGUGCUGGAUGAGGUGGAGAGGCGGAGGGCUCUGUCUCCAGCUCUGGUACAACCGUUCAUGAGAGCCAUCAUGGAGGCCCAGUUUCCAGCUCCUGGUAGAACCAUCAACAUCAAAACUUUUCUUCCUGGAUCAGGCACUGAGGUGAUGGAGCUCUGUCGACCGUCUGACUCACGUCUAGAACACGUGGACUUUGAAUGUCUGUUCUCCUGUUUGAGUCUUCGUCUGCUUCUUAGAGUGUUCGGCUCUCUGCUGCUGGAAAGACGAGUCAUCUUCACCGCUGAAAAGCUCAGUACUCUCUCCCAGUGCUGUCAUGCAGUCGUGGCACUACUUUACCCUUUCGUAUGGCAGCACACCUACAUCCCAGUGCUGCCCUCAGCGAUGCUCGACAUCGUCUGCACUCCGACUCCUUUCAUUGUCGGCCUGCUGUCCAGUUCAUUACCCCAACUCACCGAGCUGCCCCUGGAGGAGGUUCUGGUUGUGGAUCUUGGAAACAGUCGAUUCCUCAGACAGGGAGGUCAUUUCCAUAAGCAGUUGGAUGACGAGGACUCCAUCCUGCCAUCAAAGCUUCAAACAGCCCUGGAGAACGUCCUGGAGAGGAGAAGAGAACUUGCUAAUGAGCGAGGAGGAGAUCUAACCAAUGACUCUGGUCACCUUAGUACUGUCGUGUCUGAGGCCUUUGUCCGUUUCUUCGUGGAGCUUGUCGGCCACUAUCCCCUCUUCAUCACCAGUGAGCGGGAGGACGGCUACUCCUCCUCAUCCUCCUCCCCCGUCCCCUGCUCAUUCCAGGGGGAGGGUUUCCGUAAAGCGAUCCCAUCCAAGACCGUGCGUCGCUUCCUCGAGGUUUUCAUGGAGACCCAGAUGUUUGGCUGGUUUAUCCAGGAGAGGGAGCUCCACAGACAGGCUCUGAGAGGACUGUUUGAAGUGAGAGUUCAGGAGUAUCUGGACUCUAUUCAUGAGAAUGAACAUCGGAGGGUUAACAGGUUUCUUAAAGGAUUGGGAAACAAAAUGAAGUUUCUGUCCAAGAAAUAAUGCAACUACAGCUUCACACAAACAGACGCAAGCUAUAAAGAAGAGGCUAAUCCAGCAAACUAAAUCAUAAUUUGACUGCUUGUCAAAGAGCUCGUCCACACCAUCCGCAUUCAUGUCAGUGAGUGAAACUGAUGGUUUUGUUUAAGGACUCAUGGUAGACAAAGCCUGACUGUGGUAAAUCACAAAAGAAGGAUGCUGUUGUAUCUCACACAGAUGAAGAAACUUGGGACUGCAGACUUGCAGAAACACGUAAGGAGUUCUUGGUUGACUCUUUUUUAAAUGAGAUUCUUCAGACAACAACGUUCAUGAAUGCAAAUAACGUAAAAUGAGGUUGCUAUUUUUCUGUAAAUUAAGAUUCUUCAUGGCCCAAGAUGUCACUGAAUGGUUUAAUCCUCUGAUCUCCAGGCAGUUUUUGUGUGAUUUUUGCUUGCAAUGCAAAAUAAAUGUCCCUCUAUGGAAACAGCAUAACAAUGACCCAAAGAGAACUCAAAAAUGUCUUUUUGUGCAGUGUGACAAAUUUAUAUCACCAUUUUCAAGUGCCCCCCUUGUGUUUUUAUUAGUGGAAAAGAAAAGAAGGGCUUUCCAUGCUAUGGAUAUUUUACAUCUGAGAUUUUAAAUUUAUUUCAGUACUUGUCUGCUUUCUGUUUUGUCUAAACACAACCUGUAGUUGAUCACAAAGUGACUGUUGGUCUCAUCCAAGUCACUAAUGGCUUUAUGGUGGCACUAUAAAGGACAGAUUAUUUUUGUUUGUUUUUUACAGAAUCUGGUCAAUGCAAAUGGUUUAUUUUUUGGCAAAUUCCAAUAUGUGAUUAACAUUAAAUAUUGGGAUUUUAAGCUUAGAUUUGGUUUAUGUUCCCAACAGAACUGCAUGUAACACAUUAUUAGCUCAGGGACCAUUAUGAAGUUGAAAAUCUGACAAUUCUAUCUGUUUUUACAGUUUCUGGCUCUGAUAAAUGCUGUAAUUUUGUUGAUUUUGUAAGUGAUAACAUGCCCUUUAAACCCGCUGGUGGGUUCUGGGGUUCAGAGGGUUAACUAAUAUGAAAAUUAAAUGACCUCUGUGCUGCACAGUACAGUAGUAAGCAAUUGGAUGAACUGUACAAUGACAUCCAAGUCCAUGGUCACGGUAUUCUCAGGAUCCACCAGGGGGCAGUAGUAUGUUUUCUCUGUUUGGAUGAUCUUGACACCGACAGUGACACAAAGUAGUUUUCCUGCUCCUACAUGCUUCACUUUGCUCCAAGUCAUAACAGUGACAACAUCACAAGUGCUUUGAAUAAAUAUUCUCUGGUUUUUA